AUGGAAGAGAAUGAAGUCGUAGAACCCUCGAAAAGAAGGCACAUCAGGCAACCACCAUCAAUUCCAUUUCUCUGGGAGGAAAGGCCAGGGGUAGCAAAGAAGGGCUGGAGACCUGUUGUUUCUUCAGUUACUGCUCUAGCUCUACCAUCUCCAGUCAGGCUUGUUGCCUCUGUUCCUUUCAACUGGGAGGAAAAGCCUGGAAAGCCUCUAUCCUGUUUCUCACAGUCAUCAACAGAGUCGGCACUUAUAACCUGGAAAGCCUCCGAUCAUCAUAAUGUUUACAAUUUCAACAAUGAGGAGAGUGGCGGCAACGACAAUAACAGGAAUAAAGAAAAAGGAACCUUUGACUUAAAUCCUGAAUCACACAGUUAUGAAACUGAUGAUUCAUUCAGCUCCGCACCCUCUCUCUUGGCAAAUUGCCUGGUAUUGUCAUCAGCAGUUUCCACUACUGUACCAGUGCCAAAAACUUUCGCAAAAAAUGACAUCAAUGACCAGUUAGAAAACCCUUCCUCACCUGCUUCUGACACUGAAAGCAGCACAAGCAGCAGCAGUUAUGAAACCAUUGCAAGCCUUACAGGGGCUUCUUUCUUGGAGUGUCUCUUUCCGCUAUAUCCACCCAAUUCUGGUUUCCUUGGGAAGGUCUCCUACUCCAAAAACAGCUCCCACACGCCUCCAGAGCUAAAGAGCAGCACUUUUGAUCAUGAAAGUGACACUAAUGUCGUGACAAAGAGGCCACCAACACUAGGAGAAUUGAUAAUGAUGAGCCGGAGGAGUUACCAGAGACAAGCUGUUCAAAUGGGAAAACAGAAUCUAUCAAUGGAAUUCUUAAAUGGGAAAGCUUUCACCUGCUGUGUCUUUGGUACUGGCAUCAAAAUGAUUGAAGGAUUGCAGAGGAAGAGGCAUCAUCCAAAAUUGAAGCUAAUAUAGCAAAGUGUUGCGGUUCAGAAUCACCCUGCAUUCAGUUUUCUCCAUGAAGCUUUCCUACCAAUUUGUUAGAGCUUUCCACUUCCAAUUGAAAGGAUAUACUCAUUAUAUAACUUCCCCGAUGUAACCACAUGUUGAAUUCUUAUUUCUCAUAAAUGUGAACUUAAGUUUCUCAUCAACUCAGCAGCUCGAAAUUCUCCA